UUCAAGUGUCUCAACAAAUUCAGAAAACUACUGCAAACGGCAAAGAGAUGUUGUCCAAUCCCAGGCUCAUACUUGUUCAGGGGUGUUUGAAUGUAAUGAUGAACCAGAACAUCACCAUCUCCUGCGAGCUGGACUCUGGAUCUCCACCUGUCAGAUACACAUUGUUUAAACACAAUCAGAAGGUAUCCACUUCAAUUAGGCCAGAUUUGACUCCUGGUUUGUUUAACUUGACUAUCAACUCUGCCAGUGAUGUGGGUGAAUACAAAUGCAAAGCUGACAGUGACAACUCCCAUGGCGGAAAAUACAGCAAUAGUCUCAUCUUCACCCUUCUAGAGCCAGUUUCCAAACCAGUGCUGAGCUCACCCACCUCUCAAGCAAAGAAAGGUCAGAAUGUGACCCUUUAUUGUCUCUCAGAGAAUGGCUCUCUUCCUAUCACAUACAUAUUCUUCAAAGAAAAACAAAGCAUCUCCCGAGUGAAGAUGCAGAAGAAGGAAGCAGCUGUGAUUUUUCUAUGUAUCAAUUCCUCCAGUGACUUUGGAACCUAUAGAUGCAAAGCUGAAAAUAGUUUUAUCAAUAAAACAAAAUACAGCAACGCUUUCAACUUCACAUUAGCAGAAGAGAGAAACCAUUCUCAACACCUGAUAAUUUGUCUUGGGCUGAUCUUGAUACUAUUCGUAAUAGGAUGUGCUCUGGCAAUUCCAUAUUACAUCAUUCCUUCAUAUAAAGCAAAAAAAUUUAAGACUACUAGGUCCUCAAGAGGCCCUACUUCAACAGUGAAUGCAGAAGACACUGAAAACUAUGUCACAUACUCAGAGAUUGAGCCUGUUAAACCAGAAGAGUAUGUCAACAUUUCUGCUAUUAGAAGAGAUGAAAGAGAAAACAGGGCAUGUGCUACAGUCUAUUCAGAGGUCCUCAUCAGAAACUGAAUACAUGGUAAGAUCUCUUUUGCAAUUAAAUUAAUCACGUAUUUUUAAAGAAUUUUUCAGUCCUCAGAUGUGGUUUAGUACCACCAAGUCUGCACAAAAGAGCUGAUGUUUAGAUACUAG